GGAGCCCUCAGACAAAACAUACCAGCCACAAGGGUUUUACACUGCCUCCUAAGAUCCAUAUAUAAACCAGCUCACUAGAGCACAGAGAUAUAUAGAAGAAUCAAGGGAAGAGUGACAUUUUACUUCCGUGGACUUGGAGUCUUCAGAGUUAACAGGUUUGUUUUGCUGAGAUCUGAGGACACUUGUUGGAGAAACAUUUCUGAACUUGGCACCACACAGCACAGCCUUUUGAAAAAAUGGCACAAAGACAGAACUCCGACAAAGACCCGACUGUUGAACUCUUCAUAAAGGCUGGCCACGAUGGACAGAACAUGGGCAACUGCCCCUUCUGCCAGAGGCUCUUCAUGGUCCUGUGGCUAAAAGGAGUCAAGUUCACCGUGACAACCGUCGACAUGAGGAAGAAACCAGCAGAGCUGAAGGAUUUGGCACCUGGGACCAAUCCUCCGUUCCUCCUGUACAACGGCACCCUCAAGACAGACUUCAUCAAGAUCGAGGAGUUUCUGGAACAGACAUUGGCCCCUCCCAGGUAUCCACACCUUAGCCCACUCAACAAAGAGUCCUUUGACGUGGGCGCUGACAUUUUCGCGAAGUUCUCCGCUUUCAUCAAGAACAGCCCAGCCAACAGUACUUUCCAUGAGAAGGCGCUGCUGCGGGAGUUCAAGCGCCUGGAUCUCUACCUGAACUCCCCCGUCCCUGAAGAGAUUAACCACAACUCCAGAGAAAACAUUCUCGUCUCCAAGAGGAAGUUCCUGGAUGGCAACCAUCUCACCCUGGCAGACUGCAACCUGCUGCCCAAGCUGCAUGUCAUCAAGAUUGCUGCCAAGAAGUACUGUGACUUUGACAUCCCGGUCCAGUUCACCGGUGUAUGGAGGUACCUGAACAAUGCCUACGAGAGGGAGGAGUUCAGUCAGACCUGCCCUGCCAACAUCGAGAUCGAGAAGGCUUACCUGGACGUAGCCAAUAAGAGGCAGUAAACCUAUAACCAAUCUUUAGCCAACAAUUACACAAUCAUUACACAACUAUUACACAACAUGUCCUCUUUUACUGUUACCAUGGAAAUUGUAACUCAUUCACAAAACAUUAAGGAAUUUUGGGAGGGGCCAGCAAUCAUUAUUGAAAUAUCUCAAGCCAACUGUUUAAAAAUCGACAUUUAUAAAUUCCUGCAGGAGGAUGCCAAUAGGCAUUCUAGAAAUCAAAGUUCACAAAGAGACCCCCUCCUGCUUAAAGUGCAUUAUGUUAAUUAGGCACUAUAGGGCAUGCGCAAGAUGAACCACAAUGCCAUAUGUUUUACAGGCAGUGUAAUAGUAAGCUGCUACAGUAACUAAGGUCUAUGUAUGAAGUCAAGUACCGACUAUUUAUUUCAUGUAAUUAUACUGGCAAAUUUCAUUAUAUGCCACACUAAAUAGGCCAAGUGUGCAAUUUGACUGUUUAUCUAAUUUAGUGAGUUUCUUUGUCCAUAGUGUAAAUAUAUAUUUCUUACAUGUUGUUUAUGACCUGCACACCCAUACCAUAAGAAUACAUGAGUGUAUUCUAAUUAUGUUAAUGUGUGAUUGAAACUAGUGAUAUAAAACCUAUUGUGCAUGGUUACCAUUACCACUCAGAAUAUUAAGCUCUCACCAACAAGAAUACAGUCAAUUAGCAUGUAAAUACAUUUUGAUAUCAGGAAAAUAUGUUUUACCAUAAUAGAGUACACCUGUUCAAACUAUGAUGUGAAAAUAAAUGUCUGACCCUUGA